AUGAUAAAGCAACAACGGGUACAGACAAUUUAUCUAAAAAGAGUGGACUAUACUUCUAAGGGCGUUCCGAUCGAGUUGAAAGCGGUAAGACGGCUUUUGUCAACGAUUUUCUUGAAUUCGGCGAAAUUCAGGGACAUACGUCAUCUGAUCAAAUAAAAUUUGUGAAAACUAUGGACAAAGUAAUAAAAGAACCUAGAAAGCCUCACAGGAUUCGGUUGAUCAAGGCUCAAUCAGUUCAAGAGCCCAUCACGGAGCACAAAAAAAUAUCAUGGCAUUGCUCGUAAGUUUUAUGAAAUUUAUUUCAUCAAUUGAUUGUUUUUAAAAUUUCAAGACUUUUAUGAAAGACUUUUCUUUUCAGAGUAUGUCGUAAAGAACUCUCCUCAAAGCGAUCUUACACGGAACACAUGAAUAUACACAAGGGAACUAGACCUUUCGCUUGCGAGAAUUGCGACUAUGCAGCUGGUUCAGUCAUCGAAUUUGAUCAGAAAAGAAGAGAUUUAAUUUAGCGAGCCAAAUGACGCUGCACCGGCAUAAGUUGCGGAAUCACACGCCGCGUUCGGAAUGGGGCUACAAAUGUCCCUAUUGCUCCGAAUCUUAUAUGGAGCCGGCCAGCUAUCAGCAACACGUUCAGUUCGUUUUGAAUAUCCACUUGAAAUAUAUAUUCACUACAGAAAAAAAGAAAACCAUCAUUUCGAUCAAGUUUCCGAAAAAAACCUUUUUCCGUUAGUAUACUUCAUUGACGGCGAGCUUGCGUUGAAAAAUGCCAAAGUAAAAAUUGCCGCUUAUUUUUGUAUUUAAUGAAUCUAUUGAAUACUUCAUGCCGUUGCUAAACGAACGGGAUCCUAUGAAUGUUUUAUCUUGUUUUGGUUUUUUCUAACUUUAACGUAUUGAUAUAAUUUAUUCAAAACUUUCUCAGAGCAAAUCAUGUCGGUAGAUCUGCGACCUACGGCUGUCCAUCAGCUGCCUGUAAUUUCAUUUCGAAGUCACAAAGACACUUCCGUGAACAUCUUAUCAAGCACAAGUAAUGAUCUCGUCUGAUUAUUCAGCUCAUGGAUCUUUUGAAGUUAUAAUGAGUCGAUCGGUGGCGGAGAAAAUCUGGGGUCCUUGUCCAAUGAUGGCCUCAUUCGUUUCCUUGUCAACGACGAGUUCGGUUCGUUUCUUGGUUAUUUCUGAAGUUUAGAAAAGAUUACACUGCUAUAGUCAAUUCAAAAAGCUGCCAAGUCCAGCAACGACAUUAUCUGUGAUGACUCUCUUUUCAAUCAUUUCGAAAAAGUAGUAAAAAUCGAAGAAAAAAAAAGAUUUUAGAGGCACCCUUAUGUGACCACAGCAAUAUUAUGAAAUAAUUCUCUCUUUUCUCGGCUUAGUCAUUGUUUCGCUCUUUAAAUUGACCUUUUCCCUCUCUAGGCGCCGGCUACCAACCGAAGAAAAGCGAGAAAAAAGCGGUGAUUCGCGGCCGAAACGUCGCCGUCGCGAUCACACGGCCUCCAUUCGUCGUCCACCCCAUUUCUGUGCGAUUGAAAACGCCUGAAGACAAUAGGAUUGCUCAGUUGUCCAUGUAAGCUUUGAUUUCGCAGAUUGUUCUCUAAUAUUGUUUCAAGAGCUUCUGCAAACGUCCCUAAAGGAGAGACGCCAUCCGAACGCCUCUUUCUUCAGAAGAAUCUGAACGGAGCUGUACGUUUUUUUUCUCUCAUCUGAGUUUUUAUAAAACCUUCCAUCCUUAGUUGGGUUGAGAAAUACGGAAUUUUGGGGUAGAGCCAUAGAAAGAAGUUGUUCUUCAGAUUUUGCAGAUAUCAGGAUCAAAAAAAAGACAAGGCUUAAUCGCCGUUUUAUCAAAUAAUUGGAGGACCGAGGAAGCUCCCUUGGAAGUAAUUCUUGAAAUGACUAGCGAGUUAUUUUAAAAUGGUCAAUAUUUAUUGAUUAAAUAUGGCUUCCUAUCGGAAAUUAGCAUCAAAGACGAAAUCCCAUAAAAUCUGAAAUUCAUUUCUGAGUACUUGUUCAAAAUAAUUUCAUCUUUUCAAGAAUAGUAUAUUUUGAGAAAUUUUUUCAAAUUUAGGAAAGCAGGCCUCGGACUUUUGCUUUAGUGGUUUGCCGUGUUUUUUCAUGCAGUAAAUUCAUCAAAAAAUGUUUUUAAUUCGUAUUCAAGAAAUUCCGCGUUUCAAAUAAUUUAUUGGUUUUCUUCUUUUGAAUUUAAGGGUUAAUGUGAAAUUAGUUUUGUCAUGUUGAGCAAUUCAAAAUUUCUUUUGAUAAACAUGCAAAUUUUAAUGAAUUAUUUCAGAAAAUGUUUUGAAAAAAUUCCGAUGCUCAUUGGAUUAAGUGACUCAUAUUCGUAAUUUAAAAAAAAGUAAAUUUCAGUCCGUUUUCCGAAGAAUCUGUGUACAACCAACUGUUCGGGAACCUGUAACGGUAGGCUUAAUUUUCUCUUGAAAAAAAAAAGAUUUCUUAGGAUUCGGAUGACGAGGGUCCUCCUGUUUUGGAACAACAGCAGAAAGAAGUUUUUGCUUCAGACAACGAUUGGAUCGAAGCUGAAGUUGAGGUAUCACAUCAUUUUCUCAUGUUUUUGUGAUUUUUCGGUAAAUAAGAUUAUAUAUUCUAUGAGAAAAUGUCUUUGUUUGCUUUCUCCCGUCCGAAAAAAUGGAAUAAAUUGAGAGCUUUUACGAUGAAUCAUGUGAAAGAUCGAAAAACGAGAUAGCAAGUGUUUAUAUUUCGAAAACGUUUCAAAAUUGGUUUUUUUUGUUUAAUUUUCCAAAUGGUUUGUCAGAAAAAAGUUUACAAGACCGCCCUCUUUUCUCGCUAUAAAGGGCAGCAAUAGAAGCGAGAAACUAACGUUUUCCACUCUCAUGUCUUGUUUUUCAAGGUUUCCACGAACAGCGCCCCUUUUCCAAACGGUUUGAUCGACGACGACUUGGACUGA